AUGGAGCUGUACCUCAACUCCUGCUCUAAGGCAGCCAAGGCCACCUCGGCCAAGACGGCCGCCAGCAGCCUGGCUGACGAGGAGGAGAGGUGCCCAGCUACGAUGGAGCUGUACCUCAACUUCUGCUCCAAGAAGGCCAAGGCUGCCUCGGUCAAGACGGCCACCAGCAGCCUGGCUGACGAGAAAAUGCUUUCACGGCAAGUGAACAGACUACAGGACGGCCACCAGCUGGCCGGACAUCCGGAGGUCACCCAGUUCCAAAACUGGCUGCUCAUGGACCACAUCCCAUCGUUCAAGGACCAGGAGCGGCUCAUUCGGCACCGGUACCUGGACAUGAUCAACCGGGAGCUGGAGUACCGGGAGCGCCGGGCGGAGGAGCAGCGUCGCCAAUGGAUGGACCGCGAGGAGCGGCGGCACUGGGACCACAUGCGCAGGAAGCUGGGGCUGCGCAGGAAGAUCGAGGAGGAAUGGAAGGCCAAGGAGAUGCUGCUGCUCUCGAGGAUUGUCGAGGACGUGAAGCGGGAAGCGCGGAUCGAGGAGCAGCGGCGGCGGAACCGCGAGGAGAGCGACCGGAAGAAACAAGCUCUUCUAGAGAAGAAGAUGGCUUAUCAUUUACAAAAAAUGCAACAGAACGGCCUCAAGAGGGAAGACACGGGGAAAAACACGGAUUACCGAGGGCUGGAGGGAACACACGCUUACACUCCAAUGAAGAAAAAGAAGACUUCUGAGGAAAUAAAGACACUUUACACUGUCACCGAACAAAAGCCAAAUAAAGGAGGCCAUGAACAGACAAUAGGUGUUCAUCAAUCUCCAAGUGGGUCCAAAAAUGUUACCAGAAAUUCAUCACCUCCAACUAUGUUCCAAUCGAAUGUACGCGAUAAUAAUACUAUGGAACAAAAGAAAGAUGGAAUGUUAACUAAAAAACCAAGUCCUACCAAUGGCAAAGGUGUCCUGUACCCCUCAGCUCCAGAGACUCUGCUUUCCACUCAAACUUCACCCACGAGAACUUUCAACAGAACUUCACAGACGUUUAUGGGGCCUGCAAAAGUUGAGGACUACAACAUUUCUUUUGCCCCAAAUACAAGCUUACUUAACGAGUAUUAUGCAACAUAUGCUCUCGUCCAACAUAUGUUGUACAAUUGUACAAUAAGUGACAAAGUGACGUCUGACGAGCUGAACAGGAUUCUCCAGAACAUCAUGGCCUGGGUGGUGGCCACGGUGACCAGCAUCCUGUACCCGGCCAUCACCCGGUACGAGGAGCGGCUGCGGAGCCAGGUCUACCACGGGGACGCGGAGUCCGUCCUGUCCUCCGAGAGCUCCAGCUUCUGCAGCACCUGCAGCGAGGGCUUCACCUGCACCAGCUACGCCGCGCCGCCCCCCAGGCCCUUCCCCGGGUCGCCCCGCACCUUCUCCGUGGACAUCGCGCUGCGGCGCCCGCCCACGCCGCUGAAGCCGCUCUCGGCCCACGUGGAGCGCACGGUGGUGGAGAAGACCUACAGUGCCCACGGAGGCCCGCCCGUGACCACGACCCUCACCUACAAGACGGCCACCGGCGUCUACGCGCACACGAGGCUCCGCAGCUGCAAGUCUGACAGCUACCUGCUGACCUCCUUCAAGGCAGGCGCCCAGAAGUCCAAGGACGCCACCACGGAGACGGAGAAGGGCGGGCUGGAGGCCCCGCAGCUUCCGAAGCCGACGGCCAGGGCCGAGAUCCAGAACCUGGAGAAGAUCUUUGUGAACUUCAAGUGCCACCUCAAAGGGGAGACGGAGCUGAUUCUAGAGAGCGUCUUCCAGGAGAUCAUGUCCGACCUCACGCAGGCCGUCCCCGCCAUCUCCUCGGUCACCGCAGAGGUGUUCGUCGACCCCUGCGAGCCCGAGCUGGACGAGGUCCCCUCCAACGUGGACAUCAGCUCCGUGGCCUCGGACAUCGUGGAGAACAUGCUGGAGAAGCUGCAGACCGCCGUGGAGAAGAAGUGCGUGGAGAUGUUUGUGCAGGAGGACUGGCCGGUGGAGAUGGCCCCCUGCUUCCUGACCAUCGGGGAGCGCCUCCUGCCGCCGCCGAGCGGGAGGCCGCUGCCCACCGCCCCGCCGGCCCACCCCAGGGAGCCCAUGUGCGACGUGGCCGAGGACAUGGUGCAGACCAUCCUGGGGAAGCUGAUGGCUCUGGCGGCCGGCAGGCAGAACGAGCUUCCCCACCUGGCCGCCGCGGCGAAGCCCCCCUGCCCGCCGCGCACCCCCGGCCCCGAGGGCACGUUCCUUCGGAGAGCCGACGCCAGGAAAGCGGGCCCCGAGCCCGAGGCGGCCGGCUUCCUGGCGAGAGAAGGAGUACAGGGCUUGAUCUCCAGCAUCUUCGCCCAGUCCUCGCUGGUGGGCUACAUCGAGGAGGCCAUCAGCACCAUCCUCGGCUACGUCCAGACCGAGCUGAACAACGAGCGGCUGGUGGCGUCCGAGGAGACGGUGGUCUUCCUGCAGCUGCUGGACGACAUCUUCACGCAGCUGCACCAGGAGCCGGUGAAGGCCGAGGCGCCGAGGGGCAGGCGCCCCCGGCCCAGGCCCCCGGCCCACGCUGAGGAGGAGUACCGGCUCGCCGGCACCACCAUCGCCAGUGGCACCGAGCCCAGGAGGCCGCUGCCACCCAUCAACGUGCCGGGCAUGGUCCUGUACUCCGACGAGGACAGCGAGGAGAUCGACAGGCUCGUGGAGAACGCGCUGGACUCCUCUCUGAGGAGCGAGAAGGGCAAGUCCCAAGACUGGGGCCCCGAGUGCUGGUUUUCGGAGAGGAGCACCUGUUUCGACAGGAGCAGCAAACCGCCCCCGAGGCCCGCUUCUCUCCGAAGCAAAGUGCUGUUUUACGAGGGAUCCAAGACCGAGGCGCCGGGCGCUCACAAGAAAGAGGUUUUCAAGGGAAAAGUCUGCUCCACCAAAGACACGCUGACCUUCAGCCAGGACCAGAAGCGCCAGAUACAGAAGGCCUCGGCAAGCGUGAUCAAAGGCGUCUUGAUGGAGAUGCUCAAGAGCCUGUCCUGUCCCCCGGGCACCCCGGGCGGGAGCGCUGGUAAAGCCGCCGCCGCCUUCUCCGGAAAGCCGCCGGGACUGUCGGUGCAGGAGCAGCUGGACCAGCUGUUCUCCGUGUCAGAGGUUAACGAGGUGGCUCAGGACAUCACAGAGGCCGUGAUCGACAUCCUCCACGCGGCCCUGGGCCGCAUCCCCGACACCCCCGAAAGCCCUGUCCCGCCCUCGGGGCGCCACACUCUGCUGGACCACAGUCACACCCCCGACGUGGCCAGAGAGGCGCCACACAAGAAGCCGCUGAACAUAUGGUUUGACAGUGAGACGAAGAUGAAGUAUCUGUCUUCGCUGGACUUGGGCCCUGACACAGCUUCCUCGCCGGGGUCGCAGGCGUGGGAGCCGCAGCCGGUGGACGACAUCUCGGGCGACAUUGUGGACACGGUGUUCAAGAAGCUGAAGGGACUCGUCUACCCAAAACUGCAAGUGAGCGCCACCCCGCCCUGCGUGGAGCCAUCCUCGCUGCACCGCCAGCUGAGCGCCUACGCGGCCAAGGUGGUGGGCAUCGUCCUGCAGGCGAUCCAGGACGAGCUGGAGCUCGGUCAGAAGAGCCCGCCGGGAGCCGCGGACGACGACGGCAAGCCCCUCGGAGGCGGAGAGCCCCCGGCUGACGUGGACGACGUGGACUCGCUUGUCUCAGACCUCGGCAAGGACUUUGUGGCCUCCCCACUGCUCUCCUGCAUCUGCGAGAUGUUGUCCAGCGCACAUUCCGACCGGAGCAGCGUGUCCCUCUUGCCCGAGGAGCCCGGGCCUUCCGUGUCCUGUGGGCCGGACGGCAUCGGCCAACCGCCCAGGCUUCCGAGCCGGCAGGAGAAACAAGCCUUCUGCCGGUCCUUAGCCACCCCGUGUGCCAUCCACAGUGAGCCCGAUGGGACAGACUGCAAAGACGGGGGCAAACUGCAGGUGCUGGACAGCAUCGGGGAGACCCUGUUAGACAUGCUGUGCCACCUCCUGGGCGCCGACCCCGAGGGCCCGCCGCCGGGCGCUCAGCCGCCCCGGGAGAAGACGAGCGAGAGCCAGGGGACCGCCCUGAAGCUGUCGCCUCACCUCCAGCACCUCUCCCGGACCAUCCUGGACAGCAUCCUGGCCAAGCUGUGCCAGAUCGACGCGGACACCGGCUGCGCGGCCUCCGGGGCGACGGUGGCCUCCGAGAGCCUGGAUAUCGACAGCCCGUCCUUCAAGUCGAUCAUCGAGGAGAUGGCCAAGUGCACCGACAUCAUCUCCGGCAUCCUGUCCAGGAUGCUGGGGGACAGUAGCAGGGAGGAGGCGGACGGGAAAGCCACAGCCGUGGCUCCGGGGCCUUGCAGAACAGGGAGCACGCAAGAGACGCAUCCCAACAGGCUGACGGCCAUGGCCGCCGACAUCCUCAACAUGGUGUUUGCGAAGCUGGAAGGGUUUGCCAGCGGGAGCCUGGGGGCCCUGGACCCCGUCCGCGAGGGGCAGGGACGCAAGGCCAGCGCCGAGGGGGAGCUGCCGGGCGGGGGCGCCGGCGAGGCUGUGGACACCUGCGAGGAGCUGCUGCUCUCGGCGCUGUACGCGCACGCCAAGAGGGCAUCCAGCACCAUCCUGAAGGCCAUCCAGUCGGAGCUGGGCGGGAGCCCCGGGGACCGGCAGGCCAGUGCCAAGAGCCCAUCCCCGGAGAGGCAGCUUCUGAAGAACGUAAUCAACCUGAUCAUAGACGUGGUGUCCUCCGAUGUACUCGCUGACGAUGCCGAGUCCCAAGAGAGAGCCAUGGAGUCCUGCGGGUACCGGCCGACCUACGGGAACUUCCUGCCCGGAGGGGCCGAGCCGGACCCGUGCCUGGAAGAUGCUGAGAAGGAAUUCGGGGCCGAAGGAACACUCCCGAGGGAAGAGAUGCAGCCGGGUUCUCUGAAGCAGUGGGUUCUGGUGAGGACCCUCAACAAGAUUGAAGGGAAGCUGAAGGAGCCGCAGAAAUCGCCCAUCGUGCCCAUCAUCAGGAACAUUUUGAACGAGAUUUUCCAGGGGGCUCUGGCCAACCAGCUCAACGUGCGCUCUCUCUCCCGCUCUCCACUGAGGGGCGCCCCGCACGACGUGGAAGGCGAGCUGCCGGCUUCAGCGUCGGUCCCAUUCAUAGACCAGAAGACGGGCCCUCUGGUGUCCGAGGCCGACGUCACCGUGGUGGUGGGCGAUGUGGUCACGACCGUGCUGCACAAGCUGUACACAGCCGCCAUGACGCAGAGGGGCGCGGGAGAGAGCAGGUACAAAACCAUCACCUUCUCAGCCAACGUCUCUUUCCAUGUCCCCGCCCGCGCAGAGCAGUCCUCGGUCGCCAUGCUGGAUGGGGACCCGUGUCCCGUCCCACCCAGUCUCACGGCCAGAGGAAAUGUGGCUGAAGAUAUCAUCCAGGAGAUACUGACAAACCUAGAGACCUUCGCCACCUACAAAGUGAGAUCUCUCUUUUGUCCCCAGAUCCAGUUCACCGUCCCCAUGCCUUUCCCCGCGCCGCCAGACAAGAGCAUUUUGAGCAAAGCGCUGUCCGCCAAAGGCCUGUACCCGGACGAUGGGUUUCCUCCCUACGCCACGGAUCACGUUCUGGAAAAGGCCAGCGGGUGCCAACUCUCUUUGAAUAAACUGAACUCGCACGCCACAGAAGUGGCCAGGAAGAUUCUACAAGGCAUCAAGCACGAGUUGGACAAAGAGAGGGAAAGCCCCUUCUUAGCACACAGCUUCGUGGUCUCGGAGGGCAUCGCGAGCCAGAUCGUGAACACGGUGCUGGGGAUCGUCUCAUGCAGGGGCAAGUGUGACAAACCUGACUCCGAGGAAGAGCUCCCCGCGGGCCUGCGGGGGGGCAUCAUCGAACGGCUGUUCAACAGGACCGAGUACCGCAAAGACCUCCAGCUCCAGAUACAGGACAUCAUGGAGAGCAUCCUCUGCGACAUCUAUGAGAAGACGCUGCACCAGAACAACCUGGCCGUUCCCGCACCCGUGCCGAGGGGCCUCCGGGCCGGCCAGCACCCCACCGCCACCGCCGCCGACAUCGGGCUGUCCGUCGAGGGCGCCAACACGGUGGUCCCACAACUCUCCGUCCCCAAGUCGGACGUCAUGCUGAUGUCCAACAACAUCGUGGACCUUGUCCUGCACAACCUCAACUCGGCCGUCAUGCUCGGCGUGAGGCCAGAACGCGUGCCUCCUCCUCCUCCUCCGGCGAGACUGCCCCUUCCCUUCUGCGACGUGUUCCCACAGGCAGAGUGCCGCCUGCCUCCGCUCAUGGGCCCGCAGAGCGACGGGAACGCAGAGUGCUUUCCGUCGUCCGAAAACGGGAGGGCCACGUGUGCCGACGUCGCGAGCCAGAUAGCCGUGGUGCAGAGGGACGGCCCCUCGAAGCCCACCCCUGACCCCUGUGAGGAGAACGCUCACUUCAUCACCACGACCAUUGUGAACCAGCUGGAAUCCUUCGCCACCAAGAGCAUAGACUCGCUAAUCACCCUGCCUCUCCAGCCCACGGAGGAGUCGUUGGUCAGCCCGGGGCUGGAGCCCGGCGAGCUGGAGGACGGCCUUUUUCGAGACCCGAGCCAGAGGGCGUCCGCCGGGAAUGUCCUGAAACUGCCGGCGGAAACGGUGCUCCGCCACGAACUCGCAAGUCCCGCGUUUGCGAGUUACAGACAGACACGGGGGCCCCCCCUUCGCCUCCCCCACGCUAGUCUCCAGGAAUACGCUGACGUCAUCGCCAGUGUCAUUCUGAAGCUCAUUAAGAACGACCUGGACCUGGAAAUCCAAAGGGCGCAUCUCUAUCCAAACAACAUUUCUUUCCAGGAAAACAUCGCUGUGAGUGAGAUUGUCGACAACACCCUGAGGGUCUUAAACGCCAAGAGGUCGGUGAGGGAGAUUCAGUUCUACGCGAAAGACCGCCCCGGUGCGUUUGCCCCGCUGGCCGGGCCAGACCAAGCGCUGCUGGGACAGAGAGAGCGGGACGGGAGCGCCACGUUGCCUCUGUUCUCCCAGUUCCCGUUGGAACAGCGGCGAGUGGAGAGGGAAAGCCAGAGGGCCGUGUUGGAGGACAUAUUUAUGAGGGGUGGGGAAUCCAAACAGAGAGAAAAGGACGCUUUGCUCGCUCCGGUGAAAGAAGCUUUGAGGAAAGUGUACCAACAGGUCAUAAAGGUCAAAGGCCACUUGCCUCCGUUCAACGAGACCCCCUUCGCGGCGGUGUCUACCUCUAAAACGAAAACAUCGGACGUCACACCCAAAACCGUCGUCCAAUCACACAUUACCAGCGCAGCCAACGACAUCGUGGAGAGUGUCUUGGGGGAGAUGUACGCGGUGGUGGUGACCUCCUUACACGGAAGUCCCCCCAAGGAAGCCUUUGAAGGCCACGGCGCCUUUCCUACACCACCAUCCUGCGUGGGAGAAGCGGGGCAAGCGGGAGGAGGCAGUGAUUCCACUGGGAUCCUGGUGCCACAGGCCUACCCUUCCCCGGGCGACCAGAACACCGCCCUGCUGGACGGCGGUCUCCAGCAGCCCUCGCCACUGCAGGUGGGGAAGGACCUGGUCCAGAUGGUUCUCGAUAAGAUCACACACUUUGCCGCCAUCCUGAAGGUGACCCCGAAGGGCAGCCUCCAGCAAAGUUUUAAAACAAGUCUAAAGGUGAAAUCCAAGGUGACUUCUCUGCCUAAUUUGAAGACAAAACCGCUCCUCGGCCCUGCAGGUGCCAAGGCCAAAGGCAAGGCCAAGGCGGGGCCGGGGGAGAGGAUUCCCAAGGGCAGCCAGUCCAAGACCUGCCUGGGGCUGCCGCACAUGCUCACGGCCGGGGACGCCAAGGGCCCGCGGGGUGCCCGGCUGUCUGCCGCGGACCUGAGGGCGCACGCCGCGCGCGUGACCAGCGCGAUCCUGGAGAUUACCGUGACCGAGUUUGAGAAGGCGAAGCAGUCGCGAGCCAUGGUCAGCGUGAAGGCGUUGCCACUGGACCAGAUCCUGGCGGCAAGCAGGCUGGUCCGCGCCGUGCUGCAGGGGGUGUACGCGCCCGGCGCCCACGGCCUGGCCCCUCCGGGCGCGUUCUCGGCUCUGGCUCAGGGGGACCUCACGCCCUCCCCCGGACACAUGCGCCUGGGGGGCUUCGCCGAGACACGGGCCUGCUUUUACCUGGAGAAUGUCUCCUCCCAGCUCGAGCAGAUCUUCCCUAAAGAUGGGAUAUUUAAGAAGAUGUUUGACAAGUGGCAGGCAGAAGCAAACGACACGGAAAGUGAAAAGUGCAACUUGCUGGUCGUGGCUGAAAAUGUUUUGACUGUAAUUUCCAUGAAAUCGAAGGAACUGGAAUAUUCUCUCUCCCUUCUAAACCUGACGCACCCCCAGGCCUGGGAGAGCGGGCUCCACGGCCUGGGUAAGGGGGCGUCUGUGAGAGCGGAGGCCACCAAGGCACAGAUCAACAUGUUCGCGAGGGAAAUCGUGGAAAUGCUGCUCGAGAAGCUGCAGCUGUGCUUCCUGUCCCAGAUGGCCACGCCGGGCGGGAAGGAAGCCCCGGGCAGCAGGAGAGAACACGCUGCCCAGAGCAAGCUCGGCUUUCCGGCCAAGCACGCCCUCGGCAGCGGCGGCGUGCCCUUCUACUGCGUGGACCCCAAGGACCCGGCAUGGUUGGGCUCUGCCAAGCAGAUGGUCCUGGACAUGGUGGAGAGGGUGCUGGGCAUGCUGGAGUCCUUUGUGGACCUGCAGUUCAAACAUACCUGCAAGUACGAGUUUUCCGAGAUGGUGAAGAUGCCCGUGGAAAACCUGUUUCCGGCCCAGCAGAGGCUGCUGAGCAAAAAUAUGUUGCCCAAGCCACAGUCGCUGAGAAGGCUGGCUGAUGAUGCCAGGUCAAAUUCUAUUAUUUCCAAGGAAAACGCACAGAACGUUUUCCUACAGGUUCACGCAUUCCACUCAGAACUGCUCACUUGCGCGGUCUCCAUCACCAGGGACAUGCUGGGUGUCAUCAAGAGCAAGCUGGACGGGGAGAUAGGCCAGGCGGAGCCCCCAGGCGGCGGGCUGCACGAGAACGUGGCCGCGAGCGAGAUCAUCGGCGCCCUGAUGGACCAGUGCACGCACGUCAGCGAGUCUCUGAUCACCAACCUCCCAAGUCUGUUCCCUGAGGUGGAAAACACCUACAUCGUUAAUCACCUUGCCUUGGCCACUGAUAUGAAAGUUCCCAAGGCAAAGGAAGUCCAUUUUGGGAGCGCAUCUCCGCAGGUUAGCGUUCCCGGGUUGGCGUUUUAUCCUGAAGAUGGCGUGAGGGAGAGGUGCAGGGCUCCACCCAGCGUGCCUCCCUAUGCCAGAGGCCCUGGCAAAGGCCCGGGCAGAAGCCCCGGGCCCGUGGGAAGGCCUGACUCGGCGAACGCACCAACAUCCUCUAGAAAUAAGGUCCCGGGCUGUGGCCCCCAGGAAUGGCCAUUCAAUCAAGCCGUGCUAGGAGCCGGCUCCCUCCCCGAAGGCAGCAUCUUACAAAAGCUGUCCAAGAGGGUGACCGAGUCCACAGAAGAAGCAUUAAAGCAAGGCCUGUCCUUCUUAGAAAUGGGAAAAGCUAAAAACCCUAAAGUGUUUCAUUAUGGUACCCCAAAGCCAGCGGGCGCGCCUGACCAAACUCAGACAACCGUUUCUCCGCUCAAGAUAUGCUUGGCGGCAGAAAACAUCGUCAACACAGUGCUGUCCAGCUACGGUUUCCCUGGUCAGCCACCCGUUAGUGAGCGCACGGAGACAAUUAAACCGUUUUUCAUGUCGGCGCCAAGCCCGGGAGGACACGGGGGUGACAAAAAGAGCGUGCUUACCAUGUGGGGUCACAGGGCCAGCUGCAUCCCCAGAGGAGGAAGCAGGAACCCGGAAGCCAGCAGGGAAGACUUUUCUUUACUGCAGAAGUGGGAAGUUAAGAGUGACCCAAAGGUCAGGACUGUGAAGGAAUUUGAAGUCAUUGCUUUUGCUGAUCAUGAACUGGGUCCAAAUGAAAUUAAUUUGGUAGCAAGACAUGUAACCACGUGUGUGGUCACCUAUUUCCAGAACUUCAAAUCUAGAGUGUCCAGUGAGAUGAUGGCAAUUAUUUCUGCGCUGUCAAGGAAAACGUAUGCGUCAGAGCAGCGUCUAAGAAGCAUAUACGACGAUUCUUCGCUUUGCCAACUUUGUGAACAUCUCACCGAGUCUGUCAUUUGCCAUUUAAUUUCGAGCAUUUCUGAUGGCAUCCAAUGUGGCAGAGAAAGGGAGAAGGCAUGGGAAAGCCAAACUUCAGGCUAUAACAAGAUUAUUUCCAUUAAUUCGCAAGUAUUUGGAAACAGGUCGAUUUCUAUUGGAGAUCUUGCUUUAAAUAUUUCUGAAAUCAUUACCAAAAUCCUUUUCAACAGUAACAUCAUAGAGCCUGACAUUGCACAACAAAUGUUUUCUUCCCCAAAAAAGUACAUUUAUUGCCCAGGAGUCACUGCCACUGACUUUGACCAUCUCUUCCAGGAUCUCUUAAUAGGAGUGAUUCACGUCCUGUCCAAAGUGAUAGGAGUAACUCACCACCUUGAAGGCAAUGGAAGGAGUAAACCAGUGUCCAUGCUCAGGAGCAACAGCGUGUCCAUGUGCAACAAAACAAACACCAUGAAAAGGCAGAUAAGCUGCAGGAAUUUGGAAUCAUCUACUCACCAAAAUGAACAUCUCAUUCAAAAAGAUAAAUUGAAUUACCUGGCAUACAAGUUAGACAGAAUCGUCAGUAGCCUAAAAACUCAUGAAUCCAAAGAAGUCGUCAAUAAGGUCUUCAAUAUUGUUUUAGAUCUAUUUUUACCAGAUGAACGCCGAGGUGAGCCCAUGGAUUCUUACGAAAAAGCAAGGAAGUCUUUAUCAUCCUCGAGUAAUAACGUAGGGCUCACCCCAAAAUCCGUUUUUCUUCUCAACAUCGUGUGUGAGAAACUUAUCAGGACGCUUUUGGAAAAAUGCACCAACACUGUAUUUCUUGAUGAUGGCCCUCCUUCUGAUGGAAUCUCUGCCGAAGAAUGCCAGCUUUUUAAAAUGCUUCAGGGUGUAGAAGACGAGGACUUGGGUGACUGUAAGGGGGCAACAGGCUGUGAACAGCUCCAAGGAGACUCUACGUCAGAUCUUUUGGAAAAUCUGGCAGAAAUGGAUCCAGAUGUAUUGUCAUCAGACUCUAUGCUCACCCUCAUUUCCCACAGCUUGGUGAAGUCCCUGAUGGACAAACUGUGUCAAAAUAUUCAACUCCCUCACAGCACACCUGGUACAAGCAAGCAUUUAGAGGGCAGAACACAAGAAAGACAGCUGGGUUUUACAAAAGCAAAAAGGCCAGGAUUCACAGGAUUCAGACAAGGUAAAGGUUCUGCCGGCCACACCAGUUGUGACGGUCAUGCUCUGACCGGACCCCUAAAUCUCUCCAGCAUGGUCCACCCAAAAACACAAUCACCGUUUGGCAGGAAGUGCUCAGCGAGUGCCUCUUCUGCGUCACCACGUAGAAGGCAGGAAACAGCCAUCCACAACAAGCUGCGUCUGGGGAGUGGGUGUACGAGUAUUUAUUCGGCCACAUUUUUGGAGGAAAUAAUUUCGGAACUGUUCUUCAAUCUCUCCACUUCCCUGUGGGGUGGCAAUGAGAGCAUCAGCGAGGCCCGGCUCUGUGAGAUGAACACUCUGCUUGUCAACAAUGUGGUGAGGGAGUUCGACCGCGCGCAGGUAGCCGUCCUGCGGAGUGUGGAGGAGAGGCUGUACUUCCCACCCGUCCAAAAGGCCCUGGUGCGCAGGGUUGUUGACUCGGUUUACCCCGAUGUUCUCCAGAAAUACCAGUUGAAAGUGACCUGCGGGGUGAACCUGGCACACGACUACACCUCGCUAGCAGGACAAAUAACGAACGGCAUUCUGUUAGAGGUCUUAGACUACCAGCUCCCGCCUUGCUUUCGGGAAAAUCUCAGCCCUGGCUCCCCCUGCCCCCUCGAGGCGGACAGCAUCCUGCGGAAGCUGCGGGGGUCCCUGAGGGAGUUUGCCUGCAGAUCCAGGUCCUCGGGAAGCUACAGCACCCGGGUGCCGCACUCCUUUCUGGAGGACACCACCAGGAGGCUCCUCGCUCAACUCACUGCCCCGCCCAGCAGGGCUUCCUCGGCGCUGGGAAGGAAGGAGUGCGUGAGUUCAGAUUUCAGCGAGAUGUCCAACUGUAUCAUCAACAAGGUCCUCUCAGCCAUUUCCAAACACAAAAUUUGGUUCACUAUUUGUGACAACCCACAGCUAUGUGCAGGGAAAAACACCCAGAAGAUGGCGGACGCAGUGUAUCGUAACCUUACACAGAUGUCUGACUCCCUUGUCGCCAUCCAGAAUGGCCUCGUGAGCCAAAGCCCAGGUAUGGUGGACCGGAUAGCCAGUUUUAUCAUCCAGGAGAUCGUCGAGAACCAUCUCCAACCAUUUUUAUGUGAGGAAGGCUUGUCCCGUCCAACAACGCCACUGGACGCAAUCUCAAACAUGGUGAAGCAAGUCCUCAGUGAGGUCACGGAGUCACACAGGCCCACGAGGCCUUUGCCCGCGGGCGCCCACCCUGGCACGUUCAUAGGGGAAAUUGUGGCCAAACUCUUAGCGAAGAUUUUCAGCUCCAAGCAGAACACGGACACCGAGCUGGAAAACUUGGCACAGAAAAUAGUGAGCUCCAUAAGCACCCAGUUUGACAAAGCCACAACUCACAUGCUCUGUGGCAGCAGGGAGGGCACUGGCCCCUCUGUGGGCACAGACAUGGUGGAUGAGCUCGUCUCCUCCAUUUACAAAAACGUGUUACAGCAGCACGGGCUGGACCCCGAGGUGGACACCGAGUCCAAAGACGGGGAGACGUUUGUGGAAAAUGUCACCAACCUAACCGUCGCAACCAUCUCCGAUUACCUCCUCCACCCGCUGUUCUCUGGCGACUUGUCCUCCUCCCGUUCUAUCUCCACAGCUGAGAACGUCGUCAGUAACGCCAGCAAACCCUCCACGCCGAGCCCGAGUUUAUCUCCGUAUAACACCUUGCUGCCGUACACGUUUUUGGAAGACAUGAUCAGAGUACUAUUGUCUAGAAUCUUUUCUACCCCAUCCGACUUUGUUCCAAGCACGGAAACUCUAAAAGACAGGCCACAAGUGAAUUUCAACGAAAUCGCUUCCAACAUAAUCAGUGACAUUAGGAUGAAAAUCUCUCAGCAUGACAUCCAGUGCUCAAAGGACGAGGAAGAAGCCAAGCUUGUUUACUCAGAAGAUGAUGUCCAGCACCUGGUGGACAACGUCUUCGAAAACAUCUUACAGAACUCCGAAUCUCAGGAGUCGGUUGAACAAAAUAUCAAAAGCAGCAAUAAUGUUCUCAUCGACAGAAUAGCAGGUUUCAUCAUCAAACAUAUUUGUCAACAGCACCUGCAGCCAUUUGUGGAACGGAAGGCACUGCCUUCCCCCACAGACACCCUCCCUGCCCGCAGGCCCUGGCCUUCUGAAAACGUCUACUCGGCAGCGUUUCUGGAAGACGUGAUCUUCGGGGUUUUAAGGAAGAUAUUCCACAGGGUGUUGGGCAUCGUGCAAACAAAACCAGCAAAAGACUCGGAAGACGAGCUUCUGGACAAAGCCAGGAAGCUCAUAUAUCUGAUAGCGGAAGAGCUCUCAAGAGCCCAGGUCCGCAUCCUGGAGGACGCCGAGGAUCAGUGCUGCUUGCCUCCGGUGGAGAGCGACAUCCUCCAGAGCAUCGUGGACAUGGUGUUCAGCAAAGUGCUGCAGGAAUACGAAAUGGACAUCCUGCCUGAUUACGAUUUUCUAAAUGACACCAAGACCUUGGCAGCCAGGGUGACCAAAAGCAUCCUGGCCCACACGUUUGAUUUCCAAAUUCACCCGAAGCUGGUGGGAAAGCUCCAUUUCAAGUCGUACACCACACUGAACGUCGACGUUCUGAUAAAGAAAGUCCAUGGUUACAUCACUAAGUCACGGUUCCAGAGACAGGCGUCGACCAUCUAUACCACCAUGCUGUCGCACACCCACCUGGAGAAGGUCGUCGCGCAGCUGGUCUCGCAGGUGGGCCCGCUGGCCGCCAGCGCGGAAGGCAGGGGCACUUCCAAGUCCCAGUUAAGUGAUUCCGUCCUAAAACUUAUAAACGAGAUCAUGUCGAUCAUUUCCAAACACGCAAUCUGCAUCGUCAAACACGGUGGUCAAAAACAGAGCAUGAUGUCCGAGAGAGACAUCCAGUCCAUGGUGGAUUCCAUCUACGCCGAGCUUUCACGCUCAAAGCUCUACCAGUCUCUCACAAAGGAUAAGAAAGGGAUAAGUAAGAUGCCUGUUUCGAAAAUAGCGAGUUUUAUCAUCAAGGAAAUAUUUAACCAUCACCUCCAGUCGUUUUUACCUGGAGAUAAGACAUGCCUCCCUGCUGUGGUUGACCUUGAGAAUAAACAGAUAGCAGCUGAUGCUCGGCAAGGGUCGCUGGCUCUCGUCGUGAACUCAGCAGCCUUCCUGGAGGAGGUCAUUGCCGAGCUGCUGUGUAAACUCCUGUACGCAUUCUCCCACAACGUCCUGGCGGCCGAGGAGCCGGACAUCAUGAAAGGCAAAAUCACUGACAUCGUGACGACCUUAGUAAAAUCGAUUGUCCUGGAGUUCACCACGUCGGAGAUCGUGGUUUCGAAUUAUUUGGACAAUGACAUGUGCUCUUCCGCAAGAUACAAAGAAAUGGUUCAAAAAACAGCCAACCUGAUUUAUGAGAAGAUACUGGGCGAAUACAAAUCUCUGAUUCAGGUCUACAAGGUCAUGCAGAGGGACACGACUUCCUUUGGCAGGAAAAUUUACCAUUUACUGUUGGAAGAAAUCUACGAUCAGCAGGUGCAGUCAUUGGUGUCGGGAGAACUGGUGUCCUCUUCCUGCGCGUCCCUCCAAACCGAUAACAUCAUCCGAAACGUGCUGAACGUCAUCGCCAAGGCCAGCCCCGCAGCCCCGUGCAUGACGGUGCUGCCGCGCUCGCUGCUGGAGAACAUCGUGUCCAAGCUCGUCGGGAGCAUCUUCCCCCCCGCCCACCGGGCGCGCGAGCCCAGGGAGGAGGGCGCUUCCCCGGACGACGACGGGUUCCUGGCUGCAGCCUCAAAGCUGACGGAUGACAUCAUCAAAGAGAUAACGGAACAUGAGGUCCGCCUCGCCACGGCGGAGGAGAAUGCCGAGAGCACCCCGCUGGAUGUGAUCGAGAACUUGGUGAACUCGAUAUGUAACAAUAUCGUGAAAAAACCUGAAUUUCAAGCUGAAGUGAAAAAGGACGCAGACAAAAAGGCAGGCUCGUUCCUCAGCAAAGCCGCAGGUUUCAUUAUGAAGGAAAUCAUGGACCACCAUCUGAGGCCAUUUUUGCAGGGCGACGGGGGCUCUGCACUCACCAAGCCUGGGAAGGAGAAGACUCAGACUUCUCUCUACUCAGCUACAUUUUUGGAAGACGUAGUGGUUGACCUUGUUCGCAAGUUUUACUCCCUUCUAAGUAUUACGGAAGAGCCUAAGGAAAAAGGGGCGCCAGAGACAGACCUGGUGGGGUUGGCUGUAAAAUUCGCAAACUCUCUGAUAGGAGAAUUUAGGAAAAGCGAAGUGAAAGUUCUACCGAAGGCUGAAGAGGUCUUUGCUUUCCCACCGGUUGAUAAGGAGACGGUGGAUAAGAUAUCCAACUUUGUGUAUGACCAGUUCAUAGGGAAGUACGACUCGGAUGACAUUCAGAAGGAUGAAGAAGGUCACGAGCUCAUCGAAACAAUUGCUGGACUAGCCCAAAAGGCAAUCUCUGCCUUCAAAAUCCAACCCCUGUUUUCAGGAGACUGGUCUUCCACCUUCUUCUCAUUUCUAAACCCGGAGCCCAUCACCCAAAGGGUUCAACACCUGCCACAGAAAACCGCUGCCCCGUGUAGCACGGGCCCCAAAGGAAACCAACUGGCUUUCUCAGUGCAAUCCUACAAAUACACUUCUCCCCCCUCGGGCCGGAAGCAGGCGCCAGGAACUUCAGAACCGGACAGAGGCACGGCAAACAGAAAGAGGAGUCUCCCGAGCGAGGAGAUGCCCGUGAGAAAAGGCGAGUCCCCAGACCAGAAAGUGGCCUCUCUGACGAGAACAAUGAAGUGUAACCUGGUGAGCCUGUUGUUGGGGUCGCCAGCAGGUGUGGCAACUAAAAAGAAAGAGAAUGAAAAGAAAGCACAGGUUUCAAUUAAAAGUUACACUGAGGAUGCAGCAACGAUUACCUCUCCGACGAUCAGCGUGAAGAGUAAAGAGAGUGAGAAGUCAGAUCUGAAGGGAGCACAGAAAAACAAUGAGCCAGAGAAGAAAAGCAAGUCGGUGUCAACGGGCGAAGAGAAGCAGCACGCUGAGGUGUACACUCAGACCCCGGGAGCUGCCGUGGCGACCGAGUGGAAGGAGAAAACGGUUGGGCCGGGUUUGAACCAGAGAGGAAUGGAUACAUUGAGAAAGGAGUAUGAGCCCUAUCUGUUUCCUGUGCAACUCAACACAGCAGAUGCAUCGACCACCACGGAAGGCCUGGUGACUCCAAAGCUGACCUUCGUGGACAGAAAAGGCAGCCGCCCCCUGGUCGAUAUAAACAAACAAGUUGCGGACUAUGAAUGCGUCCAGAGUAUCACUGAGAAUAUUUACGACAAUAUCUUAGAAACCUAUUUCGCUCCAGAAUCAGAACAGUCACACGCCCAACAUCCCCCUGGCGAUAAGGUUCAGGUCCCCCAAGAGGCCCACAAGGAUUUUGCCAAGUCUGUCUCCGUCAGGGACUUGUCCCUCUCGGGCGGCAAAGACCUCCUUGCCCCGGAGCAGGAGGAAGAAGAGUACAACAAGGGAGCGAGAGAGAAAGAGAAAAAACAAGGGGGAGGGAAAGAGAAAGUGGAAGCGAAGGAAACUAAGAACGAGCCCAGGAAACCGGACAGCGCUCAGAACCCUCCGAAAAGCAAGCCUGGGAUCUUCCCCGCAAAACUUCUGGAAGACGUGAUCAUCGAGAUGGUGAACAAGCUGAUCCUUGGUGUCUUGCCCAAAGCACAGACGGCUGGCAGAGGCCAGAGUGCGGGUGGCGGCCGGCACCAAGCCGACCUCCAUGACACGGCCAUGCAGCUCCUGGACUCGAUGCUGAAGGAGCUGUCCAAGGCACAGAUCAAGGUGUUCAGGCCAGAAAGGGAAAGCCCGCUGGCCCCACCCGGAAGCAGAGGGCCGCCCGCUCCUAAAGGGCCUCCCGAGCAGAAAGAGCCCAGGGCGGCGGCGAGCGCCUCCCCUCCCGCCAAGCGCGCCUCGGCUGCCGGGAAAACGUCACAAGUGCACAAAGUGAUGAAAAAAUUCCCUCUGGAGGUGCUGUCCUUUCUGGAUAGGAUCCCGGCCGUCGAUAAGUCAUUGGUUAACAAAGUCGUUCACUCUUCCGUGUGCAGUAUUUUGAAGGAAUUCAAGUCUCCAGACUCCCUCCGCCAGACUAUAAAGAGCAACGGGGGAAAUAUAGCGAAAAGACUGACCAGUGCCAUGAUCCGUGAGGCGUUUCAGCACCAGCUGAACUUGGAGCCCAGCGACCGGGUCCCGGCGGCGGCAUGCCUGCCUCUGGAACGUAAGGACGUUGUCCGAAAGGUCCAGAAGGCGGUUCGGACGGCCAGCAAGGAGUGCCAGACGUCCUCGCCGUACACCAUCCUGCUGCCCCACGAGUUUCUUCACAACGUGAUCUCUGCGCUUCUGCAUAAGAUUUUCUCCAUCGCGCCCAAAACCACAGCAGACGCCACCCCGGAGGGCGGGUGGCUCACGGAACUGGAUUUCCUCCAGGUGAAGCUGCUGGGCAUCGUCAUGGCAGAGAUCUCCAAGGACGAAGACAUGACCAUUCGGUACGUGGAGUCCCUGCACCCCAAUGAUGAGGAGGUCACCCAGCUGGUGGCCCUUUCUAUCUACGAGAACCUCCGGUCCCAGUUCGGGUCGCAGGAGACCAUACGCAAGUGCGUGGCCAGCGGCUGCCGGAUCCUCUCGGAGUCCAUCGUGGAGCUGGUGCUCCGGGAAGUGUCUGGGAACCAGCUGCAGAGCUAUUUUUCGGGAGAGCUGACGCCGUGCCAGUGCGCGGAGGUGGACAGCAUCAUCGAGAACAUCCUCAAGGACGUCCUCCGCAGCACGGACAUGCCCCAGCCUCCGCCCACGCCGGCCCGAAGGCUGCAUUACAACGUCAUGGAGGAGAUCGCCAUCCAGUUCCUAUGCAAGCUUUUAUCGGUGUUCCCCAAGGUGGACAAGAAAAGAAACAAAUCUCUGGAAACUGAAAUGCAAAACAUCAUGUCCAAAAUAUUAACUUCCCUGCAAGAAUUUAUCUCGAAAAGCAAGAUCAAGCUCAUACCACCAGCCAAGGAACUGCCUACGGUGCCGCUAGCGGACAACAAAACGAUCGAAAAGGUCGUGAAUUCUGUCUACAGCCGGGUGUUAAAGCACUCCGGCUCCCACACGUCCAUCUUCAAAGACUUAAUGGGGAAGAGCAACGUCCUCUCUGACAUCAUCGGCUUCUUGAUGGUGAAGGAGAUUUCCAAUUCUAAAUUUCAGCCGCAAGGAGAGGAAGAAGUAUCAAGCUCAGAACUGGUUCUGGAAGCGGUCAAAAUUAUGGAAAAGGUGGUCAAAAUUGUCGAUGAGUUUAAGCCCCAGGACAAGUCUUCCUCCAAAAAGGGUUCCACGUUGGAUGCCACAUGUUUAGAGGAAGCAUUGGCCCUGUUCUUGGCCAAGUUAGUGAAGUUGCCGAGUGCCUCCAGCAAAGACGCCAAGAACUUGUCGAAGUCCGAGUUAAAUAAAAUUGCAUCUCAGCUGACCAAAUCUGUGACUGCCGAGAUUUCCAAAAGCAACAUUAGCCUCGUGGCCGCUGACUCUGAAGGGCAGGUUUUACACCCGAAAAGUAUCGAAAUGAUCUCUCAGGUUAUCGACUCCAUCUACAGCAAUGUGCUGAUCCAGUCCGGGAGCUACAAGGACCUCUACUACGACAUCAGAGGCACCAACAGGGUCUUCCCUAAAAAGGUGGCUGACCUAAUCGUCCACAGCGUGACCGAGGUCUCCUUGGGCACGGACACAGAUCGCUCCCAGAAUCCCAACGCGGACCCCUUCGGAGACCUGGAUGUGAACAGAAUUGUUCAGAAGGCGCAAGAACAUGCUUCCAACAUGAGCCCUGACUUGAAGAAUGAAAGUCCAGAACAAGUUUCAUCUGGGGAGGAUAUGCCGAUUAAAAUUGUUCCCCACAUUGGGAAUAAGCCCCUCAAAAUAGACCCCACCAUUCUCUCAGAACACUUAGCGGUCAUCUCAGUAAAAACUCUACCUCUGGAGAAGCUUCAGGUGGAGUGUCUAAGGAACACUGGACACAGCAUUGCAGAAGUGAGGAGAGCAUCCGUACAGGGGAAAUGUCACUUCACCGCAGACACAACCAAUGGGGAAAAGAUAAAGAAAGAGAGGCGCACCUCCUUGACCAGGUCGGGGCGUCUAGACGUGAAACCCUUAGAGCCUGUUGGCCGAAAUUCCUUUCAGAAUGUAAGGAAGCCUGAUAUCUCCAAGGUGGAGCUUUUGAAAGAUGUUCAGGGCAAGCAAGAUCUUCUCAUCCGAUUAGUAGCUCAUGAUAUCGAAGCUAAGUCGGAAAAGUACGUAGGUGAGGAGGCGGCGACUGAUGACUAUGAGUUUGUGCUGAGAAAGGACAUCAGAGAAGAAAAGGGUGAACAGCUUUUUGAUGACAAAGCUAAGGGGGCCGACACGGAGAGCCCAGAGCUGACCUGGAAGCCUCCCGGAGGGCCCAACGGGAGGGCCAUCAAGCUGGACAGGUCCACCAACUCCACCAUCAUAGCCGUCACCGAAUCCUGCUGGGGGAUUGAGCCACAGUGCGAGAAGGAAGAGCCGGAGCCCGGCGAGCCGAUCCACCACCUCAUCCACAGGAUCAUGAGCACAUCGUCCUACAACCAGGAGGACCUGGGCUUGCCGGCCAGUGAGACCAAGGCCAGUGCCCCGGACACUCCUGCUAAUGCCCCAGGCACACCUGAUAAUUCCCCGGGCACGCCUGCUAAAGCACCAGAAGGAGCGCCGCGGCCCAGCGCAUCCAAGCAGGGCUCCGGGGUGCUGGCCCGCGUCACGUCGGCGCUGUCCAAGGUGUUCUCCCGCAGCAGCAGCAGCAGCAGCAGCGCCUCCAAGGCCGCGGCCCCCGCCCAGCGCUGA